AUGAAGGGUUUAGUGUUCGGUCUGUCUCUGAUUGUCUGUGCUUCUGCCUUAUUAGAAGUACAGACCAACUACCACGAUGCCAUCGGUAUUCCUGCUGCAGAGAAGAUCAGGGCACUAGAAGAAGCAAGUCUAGCUAACGAAGCCGUAACUAAUGACAACAGGAUCGUUGGAGGAGCACUGGCUCCUGUUGGCGCUCACCCAUACUUCGGUGGCUUACUGAUCAACUUAGUUGGAACUACAAGCAGAUCAGUAUGCGGUUCCUCUUUGUUGUCUGCCAAUCGCCUGGUGACUGCCGCUCACUGCUGGUUCGACGGCUUCAGGCAAGCGACUGAGUUCACCGUCAUUUUGGGCUCCAACUGGCUGCAUAGCGGUGGUGAACGUAUUGCCACUCGACAAGUCAUCAUGCAUCCUCAAUAUGUGCCUCAGUUCCUUACAAAUGACGUCGCUAUGAUAUACUUGCCUUGGAACGCUAUGAUGACUGGAAACGUCCGACCCAUCAGAUUACCCAGAAAUAUGGAAUUGUGGAACCAAUUCGAGAACCAUUGGGCUAUGGCAGCUGGCUUCGGAAAAACUAGCGACGCUCAACAAACUUCUGCUUCUGUGGUAAGCCACGUGUCGCUGCAGGUGAUCAACACUGACACUUGUGCACAACGGUUUGUGGCCGGCUUCGUGACGCAUAGCACCAUUUGCACCAGUGGCGUAGGCAGCGUUGGUAUCUGUGGUGGAGACUCUGGUGGUCCUCUUGCUGCUCACGACAACUUCGGAGAGCCGUUCUUGAUUGGUAUCAGCUCUUUUGCGGCACUUGACCGGUGCCAAGGUGGUUUCCCAUCAGGCUUCGCUCGUGUGACCAGCUUCAUCGGAUUCAUAUCUCAACACAUGUAA